GUCCGGUCACCCUGCGUCCCACGCAGAUAACACAGAGGAGACAAAAUGAAGAUCAACUUUUUACUGGUUCUGUUACUGGGUCUUUUGGCUGUGUCUUACGGAUUCCAGCUCCGUGGGAGAAAUCGCGGGGGCGGCCGUGGGGGCGGAGGGAGAGGAGCAGGGACGACUGAAGCUAAUGAUUUUGGUACCGAUGAUGAUAAUGAUGAUGAUGAUGAUGAUUCCGAUGAUGACGGGGGUAGAGACGGACGUCGGGGACGUCUCCCUCGUCUCAUAGUUGAGGUGAUCGCCAGAAGAAUUCAACAGCAGCUUCAAGCUUGUGGCGUCCCAGAAUUGGACAGCCCUGUAACGACAUAUAAAGAUGCCUUCAAUGGUCUAGCAAUGCUUCUCCUCGCCGACUGUGACGGCGGGUACCCGGGAUCAACACCCCCAGGGCCUGACCCCUCUUGGGCACCCCCUACAGGCCCAGGACCCUCAGGACCUGCGACAGGACCCACCACCGGUAACCCUCCACCAGCCACCAGCGUGGUCCCCGCCAGAGAGUUUGAAGAUAAAGUUGUCAGGGAACUGCUUGCUUACCUGCAAAGGAAGGAGAACUAAUACAGACCUCGACUAAUGUCAGAAACUGGAUAAAAUAUAAAGUUUUAUUUGAAAUCCAUUUUUUCCUUAUAGAUUGCAGUUGUUUUUAAAAAUAAAUUUUCAAAGAUU